AUGGGAGUCGAAACUGAUAAAUUAAUUAAUGAUCAUGAUGAUCAAAAAAAUAGAAAUCAAAACUUAGGCGGUUUUUCAGCAGUUAAUGAUGCUAAAACUUUAUUACCACCAUUAGGUACAAUGAAAGGUGAUCAACAAGAGCAACAACAGCAACAAACACAGCAAUCACAACCCCCACAAGCUUAUGAGUAUAAUCCACAACCUUCAAUGUAUUCUGCUUAUCAACAAUCAAAUUAUGAUCCAUAUUUACAACAAAGAAAUAUGGUACAGCCUCAAAAUACUUAUAAUCAAAUACCUCAAUAUACAACCCAACAACAAUAUCAAUCAAAUGCAAGAUCUUCUACUGGUGGUUCAAAUAUACGAUAUCAAUAUCCUGCUAAUGUACCGACAACAACUACUUCAAUUUCAUCAAACAAUCAAACAGAUAAUCAACAACAACUUCAAAGAGAGAAUAAAAAGGGAAGAAGAUUUAGAAGACGAUAUAAUCAAAUUAAUAGAAGAUUUCCAUGCUCAUAUCCAAAUUGUAUGAAAAGUUAUGGAUCAUUAAAUCAUUUAAAUACUCAUAUUGUUUCUAAAAAACAUGGUCAUCGUAAAGCAAAAGCUGAUUUUCAAAAUCCUCAACAACAAUCAAAGGACGAAAAUAAAAUUGAUCAGAAUUUUAAUCAACAAUCCCCUCAACAACAAAAUCAAAAUGCUAAUCUUUUGAAUUUACAGCAACAACCCCAACAACCCCAACAACAACCACCUCAACAACAACAGCAACAAUAUAUGGCUAAUGAUUAUUCAGGAGCAGCUUAUUGGUAUGGCUACCCAGCUGCACCCAACUUGAGACCUUCAAAUACUUCAUCAUCAAAUGAAUCGUCAUUUGGUUUAAAUAAUCAAAUCCCUCCACAACAAUCAUCAACAAAUAUGUAUUAUCAAGGAUAUCAAGCCGGAGGAAUACCACCAAAUAAUUUACAACAACAACAACAACCAUCAUCAUCAAAUCAACAAACUCAACAGAGAUCAAAUCAACAAGCUCAACAAAAUCUACAACAACAACCACAAUUUUAUCAACAAUCUCCUCAACAUAAUUUACAACAAAAUUUUUAUCCACAACAACAAGGUCAAAUGUCAUCUUCAUCACAUUUUACGCAACUGCAACAACUGCCUAAAUGA